GUGACCCGGAAACUGCCACACGGCAGCUGCCACCAUGGCCUUCGUGAACCCGCUGGAGAAGCUGCAGGAGGAGGCCAUUUGCUCCAUCUGCCUGGAGUACAUGAGUGACCCCGUGAGCAUAGAUUGUGGGCACAACUUCUGCAGGGCUUGCAUCACCACCUACUGCCAGAACAAGGGGUUCGGGGCCAGCGGGCCCGUGUCCUGUCCUCAGUGCCGGGCAGCCUUUUGCAAGAGCAACGUCAGGCCCAACAAGCAGCUGGCCAAUAUCGUGGAGACCAUCAAGCAGCUGGGGCUGCCGCCGGCCAAGGGGCAGCCAGAGGCGCUCUGCAGGAAACACGAGGAGAAGCUCAAGCUCUUCUGUGAAGAGGACGGGGAGGCCAUUUGUGUGGUGUGUCGAGAGUCCCUGGAACACCGGCCUCACACUGUCUACCCCAUUGAGGAGGCAGCCCAGCUGUACAAGAUCAAACUCCAGAAAUCCCUGGAACGGUUGUUAAAAGAGGUGGAUGAAAUUAAGAAACAUGAAAUGGUGGAGAGGAUGAAAACCCAGGAAUGCAAGGAGAUAGUUAAAAAAAAGAGAGAGAGGAUUGUGAUUGAAUUUGGGAAGCUGCACCAGCUGCUGGCUGAGGAGGAGAAGCUGCUUCUUCAGAAGCUGGAACAGGAAGAGAAGAUAAUCCUGCAGAGAAUCAACGAAAACCUAACCAGACUUUUAGAGCUGAGAUCCUCUCUGGACAAGCUGGUCCUGGAGAUAAGGGAGAAGUUCCAGCAGUCAGCAGACAGGUUGCUCAAGGACACGAAAAGCACCUUGAGCAGGUGUGAAGCUGUGACAUUUCAGGCUCCAGAGGCUUGCUCCUUGGCACUAAAAGAGAAUUACAGCAUCCCAGAGCACUGUCUGGGCAUGAGGAACAUGCUGAAGAAAUUCAAAGAGGACGUGACGCUGGAUCCAGAGACGGCGCACCCCGAACUCAUCCUGUCCGACGACCGGAAGAGCGUGAGACGGGGGGGCAAGAAACUGAUCCUGUCUCUGUUUGACAACCCCAAGAGAUUUAACGCCUCCCCACUGGUCCUGGGGGUUCAGGCCUUCAGCAAGGGGAGGCACUACUGGGAAGUGCAGGUGGGAGACAAGACGGAGUGGGGCCUGGGGCUUUGUAGGGAGUCUGCCAGCAGGAAGGGGACUGUUGUCCUGUUCCCUCAAAAUGGCUACUGGGUGCUGCGGCUGCAGAGUGGAGGUAAAUAUGAGGCCCUUACUUCCCCCUUGACCUCACUUCACCUGAGUGUGAGACCCAGGCGGGUUGGAAUUUUCCUGGACUACGAGGCUGGAGACAUCACAUUUUACAAUGUGACCAAUCGAGAGCACGUCUACACAUUCACCGACCAGUUCUCUGGGCCUCUCAGGCCUCUCUUCUUUCCUGGUGCCUCUGCGGGUGGCAAAAAUGCCGAGCCGCUGGUGAUCUCCUGGGUCAGGGACACAGAAGGGAGUGGGUGCAUCCUUCUGUAGCUGUCUGUCUGCAGGAGGUUUUUUUUCAUAGACUCUAGGACUGGAAGGGACCUCGAGAGGUCAUUGAGUCCAGUCCCCUGCCCUCAUGGCAGGAC